GGCGGCGGCGGAGGAGGAGGAGGAGGAGGAGGUUCCAGUCGGCCUCCGGCAGGACUAGCGGCGGCGCGGCUGCUGGCGGGACCUUAUUUCUGAGACGUGCCCUAGGCUGGAUAAGCAAAAAUGAGGAUAGCAGGAGCUGCAAAGUUGGUGGUGGCUGUUGGAGUAUUUCUAUUGACAUUUUAUGUUAUUUCUCAAGUAUUUGAAAUUAAAAUGGAUGCAAGCUUAGGAAAUCUAUUUGCUCGAUCUGUGCUGGACCCAGCCUCUCGCCCUACAAAGCCUCCCAGGUACAAAUGCGGAAUCUCAAAAGCAUGCCCUGAGAAGCAUUUUGCUUUUAAAAUGGCCAGCGGAGCAGCCAAUGUUGUGGGGCCCAAGAUCUGCCUGGAAGACAAUGUUCUGAUGAGCGGUGUCAAAAACAACGUUGGAAGAGGAAUAAAUGUUGCCUUGGUAAAUGGGAAGACAGGGGAGGUACUAGACACCAAAUAUUUUGACAUGUGGGGUGGAGUGUUUAAAAAGUGCAGUGCCCCUUGUUUAUGUCUCGUCCUUUCUUUCAGACUCACCGACGAGGCGCGGCGGCUCAUUGGUGAGCUGGGGAGUACGUCCAUCACUAGUCUUGGCUUCCGAGAUAACUGGGUCUUCUGUGGUGGGAAGGGGAUUAAAACCAAAAGCCCCUUUGAACAGCACAUAAAGAACAAUAAGGAUACAAACAAGUACGAAGGAUGGCCCGAGGUGGUGGAGAUGGAAGGAUGCAUCCCCCAGAAGCAAGACUGAAGGGAGCGUGAAGACAGGAGGAACGCACUUUGAUUCUGACGCGGCCAGCUGCAAAGCUGCCGCUCCACUCCGUGUACAUAUUCCAGCAGCAUGCGGCCGUCCAGGGUGUGCACGAGCAAGAUCGUCUCUGUCGAUUCCAGGAUUAUUUAUUGUUAACAUAAAUGACUACCUUUGUAAAUAACCCUCCGAUCACUAAACCCCUUUUAAGCACAUUUCCCUACAAGAACAACGUGUAGACUUCAGUGGCAAUAAUGUACUUCAGUACGGAAAGCAUACUCAGUGGGUAACCAGGCCGGCUGCAAAGGCAUUGGUUUAUAUUCUGGUUGCUGUGAAACUCCGUCCUGGAAAAACAUGGCUUUUAGGGAGGAAAUCUUAUUCGUACAUAUGUCUCUGUAUAAAUAUCUGGCAUGUGAUGACAGUAUCCUUUAAAUUAAAGAGAUUUUUGGCUAGUUGUAUGUAUAAUGUUAUCUUACAGUCUGGCUCCUGGCACACCUCUUUUCGUAGUCUUAACUUUUUUCCUUCCAAAGAAAGCAAGAAAUAAAAUGUUUCACAUGAAAAUUUUCAUCAGGUUUGUGAAAAAGCACAACGGUUUUUUUUUUUAUACACUGAAAAUGAACAUUAAUAUAGGUGUCAUUUGGGGCUCAUCUUCUGGAUUUUGUGUUAGCAGUGUGAAUUAUGUGAUUUUGUAUAAGCUUUUUAGAGUCUGCCUGGAGAACCAGGCCGGGUCCCUUCUUCAACCUAAUCAGGUCGUUCUGGACAGCUGGGUCUGUGCCCCUAGGGCAAUGCAGGCUCUUGUCUGCUUGGUUGCCAACACUGGCUAUGUGGAUUAAUCUACUCUCACAACUUUGAUUUGUAAACCAAGAACUUCUGUUAUUUACUUCUAAUUUCAUAGUAGCAACCAUUGCCUGAAAUUGCAGCAGAAUAUUUAAAAAAGGCCCAAUUACUUUAUUAGGGCACUAAAUACCUAUCAUAUGUGACAUGUAUGGAAUACUUAAAAUACAACAUACACAAAUGGAGGCCCAUGCUGCCUUUCAGGGAUGAGGCAACACUUAAAAUUCGAACCUAAAAUUUAGGUGGCUUGUAUAAAAAUCAAAAAGCAGUAUUUGCUAUGUUGUUAAAAGCUGGAAGCAAUUCCCAUAUUUCUUGACUAUUACUGACCUUGUGUUACUGUUUCUUCUCACAAACUGAAUGUAGUAGUUCAUAAAGAGUCAUGUCUCCUGUCUUCGGGCCAGUUUUGUAAACUUUUAAGAGUUCUGGUGCUUCUACCCUUACUCAUGCCCCACAUGCCUGUCUUGAUAUGUAAAAUAUUUCCCUUGAUUCUGUUAGUUGUUUUACAGUUUCUGGGGAUUGGAAAAUAAAUGUUGCAGGAUUUGUUUUUUGUUUUUUUAAUAAUGUAAGUACUCUUGGUUGCCCAUUGUGAAUUGUGUGUGUGUGUGUGUGUAUUUGACAAAGUACAUACUUGUACCUGCAGGACAUCACAUGACUGUCUUUUUUGACAAUUUUUUUUAGUACUUCUUAACAUUUAAAAAAUCAAGUCGUUGCAUUAAACACAGUAAUAUUCUCUGGAUAUAUCUGAACAUGUGUGGAAAUUAAGUUGCUUGACAACAGACGAGCCCUUUGGAUUGUACAGACCGGAGAGAUGGCUCUUCAGUAUAAAGUGUGGGAAGGGUAGCACGGCGUAUGGAACUGCCUCAGUGCGAUUGUUUUCGUCUGGCUCCUGUCUUGUGUUGGUUGCACCGGCAUAACUGGCAGCAAUAAUCGACUGUUUUACAUUCACAUCAGCCUUAGAAGUGAAACAAUGCUCACUUGGUGUUGAGAAUUUUCUUUAUUAAAGUCAAAGCU